CGUCUAUCAUUUUUAUGUCUUUUGUAUGUGUUUAAAAACAAUCUGUGACCAGAUUCCUAUAGGUCCAGGACGACAUGCGGGUGUAGUGGCAAAAGUGAACAUUCCUUGAUGUGAGUAUGGCAAGGCUCAGCUGUCAUGUCCUGCCCCCAGACUCACGCACAUGUUAAGAGCUAUAAGCGAGAGAGAAGUGUUUAAAUAUAGCUUAGGAGAUCUGCACAGCCUACAAGUUCUCACUGAAAGGGAACAAUCGGAGUGUGGGCGUGCACAUUGCUGGACUUCUGACAAAGCUGCAUCUUUUAUUAAGCUGAAAAAUCUCCACUUGUUGGAUUAGGUUCAUUGGGUUUCUCCAAGGACAUACUUUCCUUCCUUUCCGUGCUAGUGUAACUCCCGCCAGCUCUUCUUCACUUUUCAUCCAGUCUCCCUUAUGAAGAUAAGGGAUUGUUGCCACUCUCUGAGCUGCUUCUUCAGGGAUAUACUCAGGGCUUGAGAGGAGAGAAAGAGAUGGUUUAUACACCUGCAUCAGUAUGUGUGUGUGUAAUAUUACAAUAUUCUUGGACAUGAGAAAGCAAGAGCAUUGGGAGAAGCUACUUUGGAACUGCUUUCUAAUGUCGGUAGUUGUCAAGGAAUGCUGAUGAUAAGAGGAAUCUGUUUAACAAGGGACAUACUGAUUAUCUUCACUUGUAUUUCAGGGACCAUUGUGGAGACAACAUGAGGUCCAAAGGUGACGGAGUGGACAGCCCAGCUAAUGGGGUUCUGGUUGUCCAUGAGAUCAGUGGAGAGCAGGAGGAGGAUUUGAAACUGCAGAAGAGCACUGAGAAGAGCAUCAAGGCCAAAGCUCAGCAGAAGGAAAAGGAGGCGCCUGUGUCAGAAAGUGAGGAUAAAUCCACAAUGAAAAAUAACCAAAGAUUAAGUCUGGAGGAUCUGUCCAAAAAUAACCUUCUAAAGCUGCUGGGAAUCAUGGAGGGUGAAAUCCAGGCUCAAAAGGAUGUGAUCCGGGUGCUCAGGUCUGAGCUCAGUCUACCAGAGAAGCUUGAGUCUCAUUACAGCUCAGCAUUUCCCACCAAACCACUGAAGGCCCUGCAGAGAGAUGGCCUUCUUAUCCACAACCACAUACAACAUGAAAAUGUGUAUGAGAAGCCCAUGGCAGAGUUGGACAGGCUUAAAGAGAAGCACAGAGAAGCAUACCGACGCAUGCUGGAGCAGUUAUUACUGGCUGAGAAAUGCCAUCGUCGUGUUGUUCAUGAGCUGGAUCUGGAGAAGCGCAAGCACAUAGACUACAUGAACAAAAGUGAUGACUUCACUAACCUGCUGGAACAAGAGAGAGAACGAUUGAAGCUGCUGUUGAAACAAGAAAAAGCCUAUCAAGCACGAAAAGAAAAGGAACACUCAAAACAACUGGAAAAGGUUCGUGGAGAGCUGAACAAGUUAAAAUCUUUUGCACUUAUGCUGGUCGAUGAACAACAACUUCAUCUGGAGCAAAUUGACCAGCAAAGCCAGAACAUUCAAGACCUUCUCCAAAAACUCCAUGAGAAAGAACAGAAACUAAGUGAACUUGAGGGCAAAGCAAAAGAAGACAAACAGAAGCUCUUGAACCUUGAGGUUGAGUUUGAGGUCAAGGAUUCGAACUUUGCACAACAGUAUGAUAAGAUGGCAGCGAAACUUGCCAGCCAAGAGAGUCAGUAUCAGCAGAUGUGCAUAAAACAAGCAACUCUUUUACAGAAAAUUGAGGAGCUGGAGGAGACGAAUGCAAUUCUGCAGAAAUCAGCAGAGGAGCUGCAGGAGCUGAGGGAUAAAAUCAGCCAGGGACAGUGUGGCAACUCCAAAUUGAUGGCAGAGUUAGAGAACUUGCAUAAGAUUGUCUUGGAGAUGGAGGACAAAGAUGAGGAGAUCACUAAAACAGAAAAUAAAUGCAGCGAGCUGAAAAGAACACUUCAAACUGAGGAGGUACACAACAAGGAAUUAAAGUUGGAGGUGGAAAAAUUGCAAAAGAGGAUGAUGGAACUAGAGAAAUUAGAGGCAGUCUUCAAUAUGGGCAGGAAUGAAUGUGCUCAGCUACAUAAUGCACUGGAUAAAGAAAAAGCCCUUACAAAAGAACUGGAAGAUGAGCUAGUUACCAUUAAAAUUCGCAUGAAAGAGGUGGAAUCAUCUGAAUUGAAACUAGAAAAAUCAGAGAUGUUCCUGAAAGAGGAGCUAAUGAAGCUCAAGUCUGUCACUGUAAUAAUGGCCAAUGAGAGCAAGAACCUGGCAGAGAGAAUAAGAUCUGAGGAAAAGAAGAGAGAGGAACUGGAGAAACUGUAUACAGCAGAACAGGAGAAGGUUAUGGUUGUUACUGAGCGAUUGAUAGAGGAAAGUAAAAAGCUCUUAAAAAUAAAAUCGGAGAUGGAGGAAAAAAUAACUACCUUGGUCAAAGAGAAGGAUGAGCUGAAGGUUACCACUGAGGAAGAGAAUUGUAAAGGAUUUAGCUCCACAGUUCAUAUGAAAAAACAUCUACAUGAUGAGGUGAAAGAAGAAGGAAAGGAGUCUACAAACAAGGGGUUAAACAAAGAAGUAGGGAAGCUUUUAAAUUCCAGUAUACCAGAUGAAAAUAAAGUUAUAGAACUAACCAGAGAAAUUGAAAGGUUAAGGAAACGUCUCAAGCAGCUUGAGGUUGUCGAGGGAGAUCUGAUUAAAACAGAGGAUGAGUAUGAUAUGUUGGAGAAAAGGUUUAAGAGUGAGCAAGAUCGGGCAAACGCCCUUUCAAAGCAGGUGGAGGAAAUGAGGACUCAGAUAGCAUUGAGUAAGGUAGUGGAGAGAGAAGAGGCAGUUGGACAAGAAAGAGAGUUGUGGCGACAGAGCAUGUUAGAAGAAACCAAAAAUAAAGACUUGCAACCAGAUGUUCAAGCUCUCAAGGAGAAGAUACAUGAGCUUAUGAACAAGGAGGACCAGUUUACACAACUGCAAGUAAACUACUCUGUUCUACAGAAAAGGUUUCUUGAGGAGGAGGACAAAAGGAAAUGCAUGGACAAUGAAGUACUCAAUCUUACCAAAGAGCUUGAGAUUACGAGGCGCUACAGUCGUGCCCUAAGACCCAGUAACAACGGAAGAAGGAUGAUGGAUGUUCAAAUGACGUCAACAGGAGUGCAGACUGACGUUGGUGAAAUUGAGAGAGGGAGUGAUGACAAUGACACUCCUGCAGUGUUCAUUAAAAAGUCUGUCCAAGAAGAGAACCACAUCAUGAACAGCCUCCGACAGAGAAGCCUUAAGAAACCUACUGAAAGGCCAUCGGUAAGGGAGCUCUACCCUCCACCAGCUACUGACCUCACAUUAAAGAAAUCCUGGAUACCUUGGAUGAAGAAGAAAGUAAGUCAUGCUUCAGAAAAACCUCUGCAUAUUAAUGAGGAAAUUACACAUUCUGAAAUAAAAAUGACUCAAAAACAAGGCCAGCCAUUACACAUUCGACUGACUCCUGACCACCAGAACAGCCUGACAACUCUACAGAUCAGCAGCUCUCCUGCAGAAAACAUCCUCAGUGCUAGAAUAGCCACUCCCUCAUGUGGUGUUAAAAAGCCCCAAAUAACAAUCAUUCCUUCCACUGCUGUUUCUCCAAAUUAUCGAGCCAGAGAGCCAAAAUAUCCAGAGAGAGCAAAAUCUCCACUGACCAUCACAACUAUCUCAAGAGCUAAGUCCCCAGAGAGCAUUAAGACCAUAUCUAUUGACAGACCAACAUCACCAAUAUCCCUUUUACCGGUUAGUACUUCUGCCUUGGCACAUACUUCCAGCUCCCCAGAGUCUCAGGAAAUGAUCACAGGCCGAGCGGUGUUCAAAGUGACUCCUGAAAAACGAAUGGUCCCAACACCAAUUAAAAAGUGUAACUCAAAUGCUAAUAUCAUUACCACUGAGGACAAUAAGAUUCACAUUCACUUAGGCUCACAGGUCAAAAAGCCUAUUGAAAGCAACAGCUUGAUGGUUGUGGCUAGAGCUGAUGAUGUAGCAAAUGAAAGCAAAGAACUUUCUACAGGCACUGUGCUACGCUCACCACGUCAUGCCACAAUCAGUAAACUAGCAUCAAACAAAGUAACAAGCAGCCUCACCAUCACACAGGUCACCCCUGCACCACCCAGACCAACACUUUCUGUGCAGCCUGUUAUGGACCCUCAGCCACCCCGAUCUGGGCUCACUCGCAUUCCUGUGUCUCGGGGAAUGAAAACUGGGAAGGCUGUGGCGUUGGGAAGCCCUAGUAAUGUGAAGAUGGAAUCAAAAGUGGAAGGCCAGUCCAUGUGUAUUGAGCUGAAUAAACCAUUGAUAAGCAGCUCAACCCUCCAGAACAGUGGAAAAAGCUAAAUAAGUGCAUACGGAUUUAUAUAGGCCAAUACAGACCCCUAAUGCUGAAUGGACUGUGUAUGGACAAUUAGAUACACAGAUUAGUUUCAUACUUCUUGUUUCUCUCUCAACAAAGCAAUGAUCUAUCUAUACAAGAUACAUUUUUCUCCAAAAAGAUAAAAUAUAUGUCACUCUAACUUACAAUAUCUGGGCAAACUGCCAUUUUUAGGGUCAGCUUUAAAUCUCUAGUACUUAUCAGAGUGUUGCUUGCAGUGCCAUUACUAUGAAGGUAGUUAAAAAUAAGCCCAAAUCAUGGAUUUAAUACAUUAUACGUUUUGUAAAUGUUUUGGUUACUAUUACAGAGGCAAAGCUUCUUAAUGUGUAAUGUUUUUA